AUGCUCGCGCGGGCGCGAUCGGUGGUGCGCUCGAGCGCGGCUCGAGCGCUCGCGGCGUCGACGACGCGCUCGGAGACGGGCGAGCGGGAACUCGCGAGGGGGGCGCAGAGUAUUUUCGUGCGAUACGCGUCGAAAAAGCAAGGCGGGUCGUCGAACAACGGGAGAGAUUCGAAUCCAAAGUUUUUGGGGCUCAAGCGCGGGCACGGCGAGGUCGUGCGCCCGGGAUACGUGAUCGCUCGACAGCGAGGGACGAAGUGGCACCCGGGAACGAAUUGUGGGAUAGGGAAGGAUCACACGCUGUUCGCGCUGGUGCAGGGGAAGGUGCACUUCAGCACGGAUAAAUUGAAGGGAAGGAAAGUCGUGCACGUGGCGCCGCUGAGCCCGGAGCAUCCAAAGUACGUCGAGGGGUUGCCGUGA